GAACCCUCUCACAUUCUCUUUUCUCUCAGAGAGACUCUUUCUCUCUAUCUCUUCGUCUUCUUCUACCUCGGCGACACCCACUCGCAGAAGAAAGUCGACGAAAGAUAAAAAGAUUUUCCGGUAUUAGUCACGUCGACGCAGAGAAACAGAGAAUCCGAGUAGUCAGCUUCACCAUCAAAUAUACAUUCCCGACGUUUGUGCACAUGAACCGGCGGCGACUUCUGUUAUCGGCGGCGAUUCUCUCAUACUUGCUUUGCGGCAUGGCUUCCGUCUCCGUCGUGGCCUCCGGCGGCGUGGAGCUUAGGGAUGAUCCGGAUUUGACCAAAACGACGACGUUAUCGACGACCUAUACGCAUCGGAAAAUGCUUCGUCUCUCUCCUGGUAAAGGAAAAAAGGCAGACACGAGGGCAGAGCCAGAGAGGAUCGGAGAGAAGUGCAAAGGGUCAGACAUAGUGGUGAACCAAGUAGCAACCGAACCAAUGCCGAACGGAAUACCGGGUUACAGGGUGGAGAUAACGAACCAGUGUAUGUCUGGAUGCAAGAUAUCGAGGAUCCACAUCAGCUGCGGUUGGUUCAGCUCGGCUAAGUUGAUAAACCCGAGACUCUUCAAGCGUAUUCACUACGACGACUGUCUCGUCAACAACGGCAAGCCUUUGCCUUAUGGCUCCACACUCUCUUUCCAAUACGCCAACACUUUCCCUUAUCCUCUCUCUGUCUCCUUCGUCACCUGUUCUUAAAGGAUAGAACUUUUUUUUUUCUUUUCCUUUUAGCUUUUAUAGGAUAUUAUAAGAUAGUAGAAACAAGGGAAAAUUAAGAUACGGAAAAUAUGAGAUUAAUCAUCCUCUUUUGGGUUAUUUUGUUCUCUUGGGAUGUAAAUCGUUUGGAGCAACAGUGAUAGAUA